ACAACACCUUUGCUUCCUUAUAAAUACAUGUCACUCCUCCUCUGCUAAACACCCACAAGCACAACAAAAACAUCUUCUCCUUCAAUUCUCAAACACCUUUAAGCUUCUACCAUGGCCGUUUUCACAUUCGAGGACCAAACCACUUCUCCUGUGGCUCCUGCCACCCUCUACAACGCUCUUGCCAAAGACGCCGACAACAUCAUCCCAAAGGCUGUUGAUUCCUUCAAGAGCGUUGAAAACGUCGAGGGCAACGGUGGCCCCGGAACCAUCAAGAAGAUCUCUUUCGUUGAAGAUGGAGAGACAAAGUUUGUGUUGCACAAAAUAGAAACAAUAGAUGAGGCCAACUUCGGAUACAGCUACAGCAUAGUUGGAGGUGUUGCCUUGCCGGAGAGUGCGGAGAAGAUCACGAUCGACACCAAACUCAGCGACGGUCCCGACGGAGGGUCGCUUAUAAAGCUGAGCAUAUCAUACCACAGCAAAGGAGAUGCCCCACCCAACGAAGAUGAACUCAAAGCUGGCAAAGCCAAGAGUGAUGCUCUUUUCAAGGCCGUUGAGGCUUACCUUUUGGCCAAUGCUUGAUUUUCGAAUCCAUCCCAGUUAUCAAUAUCAUUCAGUAACAAGCUUUAUAUGAUGAUAUACAAGAGUUUUUCUUGGCUUGCAUCGAGUGUCUAUCAAAUCAGAGUGUUCUUAAGUUAAGUAUUGGCUUUCCACUGUGAGGAGUGUUUUCUUUCUUAUUUCCCUUUGCUGCAUAAUUGUGAGAGCUUCUGGGUAUCUUUGUAUCUUUUUUCAUCAAUAAAUCAUAAUAAAGCAAAUUAUUAUACUUUAA